AUGGCGUCCGAGGUGGUCUGCGGGCUGGUCUUCAGAUUGCUUCUUCCGAUAUGUUUAGCAACAGCUUGUUUGUUCCGGUACAAUGGGCUAUCAUUCCUCUACCUCAUCUACCUCCUCCUUAUUCCCCUUUUCUCUGAGCCCACCAGCACAACCAUGCAGGGCCACACGGGGCGCCUGCUCAUGUCCCUGUGCUUCAGCAGUCUCAGCUUCCUGCUCUUCCACAUCAUCUACCAGAUCACUGUCAACAGUCUACUGGCCGGGAACAACAUAGACCCCGCCUUCAACUGUUCCACGUGGGAGAGAUCCAUACGACAGAUCGGCUUUGAGAGUGUGAUAGGUGCAGAUGCAGGGAACGGUAUUCGUGUGUUCCUCCCUGACGUAGGGAUGUUUUUCACUGGUCUGGCCUGCUGGCUGCUGUGUCACAGUCUGGUCCAAAAGAGACCACCAGAGGACAUGGUUUACGACUUCGAACCGGAGGAAGGGGCUGGGUACGAGGCCGGAGAAGAGGAGGAUGAAGAAAUGGAGGAGGAGGAGGAAGAUGAGGAGGAGGAAGAGAAGGAGGAAGAAGAGGAGGAAGAGGAGAGCACCAAGAUGAAGAUUCUGGGUCGCGUCGCUGCUGUGGCGUCCAAAGUGAAGGAGAUCAUUGGGAAUCUGAUCACCACCGCAGGGAAAGUGGUGGUCACCAUACUACUAGGACUAACAGGUAUAAUUCUGCCCUCCCUGACGUCGGCGGUCUAUUUCUCCAUGUUCCUGUUCCUGUGUACGUGGUGGUCGUUCUGUCGCACCUUCGACACCCUCAUCUUCAGCUGUAUGUGUGUCCUCAUGGCCAUAUUCAGCGCUGGACACCUGGUCAUCCUUUACCUCUACCAGUUCCAGUUCUUCCACGAGUUCAUCCCUCCGGAGGACAGCUACAUCAGUCUGUUCGGCAUCUCAUCCAUCAUCCAGACUGACUGUUCCUCUACAUGGAGGAUGAUAGUUAACCCUAAGCUGGCCUGGCACCACUUUGUUAACCCCCUUAUGCUGCUGCUGCUGUACUACACCCUGGCCACUCUCAUACGUCUCUGGCUCCAGGAACCUAUUCUGUUUGAGAUCUCAUCCAUCAUCGUACACCUCUGGCUUCAGGAACCUAUAGAGGGGUCGGUUGCAAAGUCCAACGAGACGUCUUUUGACUACAUCUCCACCCUAGACUCAGUGGAAAAUGGACCGGUCCGCCAGGACCUGUACUCCACCCCACAGUAUGAAAUGGACCAAAUCAAGGAGGAGGAGGAGGAGGAGGAGCAGGAGCAGGAACAGGACGAGGAGGAGGAGGUGGAGGAGGAGGAGGAGGAGGAGAAGGAGGGCCAAGUGAAUGCUGUUGUAACAGUGUUCAGGUUCAUUAUGAAGCAGAGCUAUAUCUGUGCUCUCAUAGCCAUGAUGGCGUGGAGCAUCACGUAUGUUAGCUGGCUGACGUUUGUGUUCCUGAUGUGGUCGUGUAUGUUGUGGAUGGUGAGAGAUCGUCGUCGUUACACCAUGCUCACCUCUCCCUUCAUGGUGCUCUAUGGGAACCUGCUCAUUGUGCUGCAGUACAUCUGGAGCUUUGAGCUGCUGGAGCCCGUACCUGGACUCUUCAUCAAGAUGGACGUGCCCUUUAGGCAACUGGGCUCCAAGAUUCUAUGCCUGUUGAGCUUUUGGCUGUUGCUGAUACAGACUCUGACAGAGAGACAGGAGGAACAGAGAGAGGAGGCUGCUGUACUCACUGACGUACAUGUGGAUAACCAACUCAAGAAGAAGAAGGACUGUGUUAACCAGCUGAGCUAAAGGGUCAGAACUUUACAUCCUGUUGUCUACACUGCUCAGUAUCUCCUGUCUGUUACCUUGUUUAUAGAGGAAGAGGAGGAUGAGGAAGGAGGGGAGCAGGACAUCAUGCAGGUUCUGGGGAACAUGGUGAUGGAGAUGCUGGUGAAAUACUGGAUCUACAUCUGUGGAGGAAUGUUCUUCUUCGUCAGCUUCGAGGGACGCAUGGUCAUGUACAAGAUCAUCUAUAUGAUGCUCUUCCUCUUCUGUGUGGCGCUCUAUCAGGUGCACUAUGAGUAUUGGAGGAGGAUCCUGAAAUACUUCUGGAUGUCUGUGGUGGUCUACACUAUGCUGGUCCUCAUCCUGGUCUACACCUUCCAGUUUGAGACCUCCCUACCCUUCUGGUCUAACAUGCCUGACUACCCAUGGCGGUUCCCUAACUCUGCAAUGGACUCCAACAUCAUCAAGUGGCUGUAUUUACCUGACUUCCACACCAACCCCAACCCAAUCUUUCUUGUCUAUGACUUCAUGCUCCUUCUCUGCGCCUCACUCCAGAAGAGUAUAUUUGAAGAGGAGAACAAGGCAGCCGUCCGUCUCAUGGCCGGAGACAACGUGGAGAUCUGUAGAGACCUCGACGCCGCCUCCUUCAGCGUUCACAACCCUGUCCCCGACUUUAUACAUUCCAGGUCCUACCUGGACAUGCUGAAGGUCAUCACGUUCAGCUACCUGUUCUGGUUCGUCCUCACCAUCAUCUUCAUCACCGGCACCACGCGUAUCAGCCUCUUCUGUUUGGGCUAUAUAGUGGGAUGUUUCUACUUCCUGCUGUUCGGCAGGGAGCUGCUGCUCAAGCCAAUCAAAAACAUCAUCCACUACUGGGACUUCCUGAUCGCCUAUAACGUGUUUGUGAUCACCAUGAAGAACAUCCUGUCUAUCCUGGCCUGUGGCUACAUCAACGUCCUGGUGGUCAACAACUGUUGGCUGAUCCAGCUUCUCAGUCUGGCCUGCACCAUCAAGGAGUAUAAGGUCAUCACCAACAUAGACUUCACACCUGCGGACGGUGGUAAGAAGUGUGAUCUGCCCAGCGACGAGGCUGGGAUCAUCUGGGACAGUAUCUGUUUCGCCUUCCUGCUGUUGCAGAGACGUGUCUUCAUGAGUUACUACUUCCUACAUGUGGUGGCUGACAUCAGGGCCUCACAGAUACUGGCCUCCAGAGGGGCUGAAUUGUUCCAGGCCACUAUAGUGAAGGCAGUCAGAGCCAAACUGGAGGAAGAGGAGCAGUCUAUGGAACAGCUGAAGAGACAGAUGGACCGUAUAAAGCAGCGGCAGGAGAAGUUUAAGCGAGGGAAUAAAAUGUUGAGCCAAGAGUCAGGAGACAGAGAGAACCCCAUCCAUCCACAGGAGUCAGGAGACAGAGAGAACCCCAUCCAUCCACAGGAGUCAGGAGACAGAGAGAACCCCAUCCAUCCACAGGAGUCAGGAGACAGAGAGAACCCCAUCCAUCCACAGGAGUCAGGAGACAGAGAGAACCCCAUCCAUCCACAGGAGUCAGGAGACAGAGAGAACCCCAUCCAUCCACAGGAGUCAGGAGACAGAGAGAACCCCAUCCAUCCACAGGAGUCAGGAGACAGAGAGAACCCCAUCCAUCCACAGGAGUCAGGAGACAGAGAGAACCCCAUCCAUCCACAGGAGUCAGGAGACAGAGAGAACCCCAUCCAUCCACAGGAGUCAGGAGACAGAGAGAACCCCAUCCAUCCACAGGAGUCAGGAGACAGAGAGAACCCCAUCCAUCCACAGGAGCAGAAGGGUGAGGGCGAGGAUGAGGAUGAUGACGGAGCAGAGCGAGAGAGAGAGACAGAACAAAAACAACAAUCUAAGACUAAAAAAAACCAGUGGUGGCGGCCUUGGGUUGACCACGCCUCCAUGGUGAGAAGUGGAGAUUAUUACUUAUUUGAAACCGACAGUGAAGAAGAGGAGGAAGAGAUGGAGAGAAGAGAGAGCCUACAGCCUCCCAAGAAGUCAGCGUUUCAGUUUGUCUACCAUGUCUGGAUAACAAACUCCAAGACGGCCAUGAAGAAACGAAGCAAAGAGAAGCACAAGUUCUGGAAGAGGUACACCAAGAGAGACAAACACAAAAAGGACAAGAUGGAUGGUGAGUGAGAGACAGAGGAGGAUCAGACGGGAGGAGAGGAGGAGAAGUCUGAUGGACCAGACAACGUCUUGAAGCGAGUGUUCAACAUCAUCAAGUUCUCCUGGGUGUUGUUCCAGACGGCGGUGGAGAGCUUCACCAAGUGGAUGAACAACGUGUGUAGAGAACACAUAGACAUCUCCACCGUGCUGCGUAUUGAGAGAUGUAUGCUCACUAGAGAGGUCAAAAAGGGUAAUGUCCCGUCCAGAGACAGUAUCCACGUGUACUACCAGAAGCAGAUUCGUAUGUACAUGUCGCAGGGCUCCAGUCUGGACCGGCUCAUUGACGAGGACAGUGUGUCGUGGUCUCACAGGGUCCGUAGAAGGAGAGGUAGCUAUCAUAUGGAGAGCCAGGACUCCAUUGUAUCUAUGGCCUCCAGGGAUAGUUUAUCCAGUGCCUACACUGAGGCCACCAUGCUGUUCUCCCGCCAAGACACGCUGGACGAGCUGGACGGAAUGCCGUCAGACGUUCCUAUUCCCAAAACCAGCGAGCGUGUCCGGCCCACACUCUGUAAGAUUUACGGCCUAGACGCCUCCAAGUCGACUGACAGCAGCAGCAGCCAAGUGUCCAGCGAGGCGACUCAGUGCAUCACUCUCUACUCACGGCAAGGCACCAAUGACACCAUCGAGGAGGUGGAGGACGAACAGGACCAGGGGGAGGACAGGCAGAACGAACUCUUGGGACCCUCACAACCGGAGGCAGAGAGGUCCCAGGACUGUACCACUGACAGUGACGAUGGGGGUGUCCGGCAAGAGUACCGGAACACAGAGGAGCGAGACCGGGCGGGUCAGCUGGACACUUCGGACACUGACGUGCCUUCCAGCUACAACAAGUCGGUGAGCUUCGACCGGCUGGAGGUGAGUGAGGAUGACAGCGACAGGGACGAUAAGAGGAUGAUGGCGAUGACCCCAGACACCAGCCGGUCUAACUAUCUGGACGACCCCUUGCUGCCCUCGCUGACCACUGAGCUGACCGCCAGCGAACUGCUGCUUAACAAGAUGUUCCAUGAUGAGGAGUUAAAGCGGUCGGAGCGGUUCUAUGUGGACCAGCCCCUGGCGCUCCAGCUGGUCUAUGCCCUGUAUAACAUGCUGAUGACCCACUCUGAGAUGGUGUGUUACCUAGUCAUCAUCCUCAACAACAUGCUGUCAGCCUCCUGUAUCACCCUGGUCCUCCCCAUCCUCAUCUUCCUCUGGGCCAUGCUGUCGGUACCUAGACCCAGUAAGAGGUUCUGGAUGACCGCCAUCGUUUAUACCGAGGUCGCCAUCGUCAUCAAGUAUUUCUUCCAGUUUGGCUUCUUUCCCUUCAACCAGAACCCGAAGGUGAACGGGAAUAAACCCUACCACCCUCCCAACAUCAUCGGAGUGGAGAAGAAAGACGGAUACGUCGUCUACGACCUCAUACAGCUUCUGGCUCUCUUCUUCCACAGGUCCAUCCUGAAGUGUCAUGGUCUCUGGGACGAAGACGACCGUAAGGACACCAAGAAGGAGAUCCUUCGCCAGGACACCGAGUCGAAGGAAGACGAGAAGGAGAGGGACGCCACUCCCGUGCCGUCCAACCCCCGCGAGAGGAAGGGGUCGAUACAGACCCUCAGGUCUAUGAAUCUGGGCGUGGGCACCUCCGUGGACUCUGUACACGUCCCCGUGCACUACCUCCAGCAACAGCAGCAGACCUACCAGAGAAGGAAGAGCUCCAGUGCAGGGUCUCAUAUCUCCCACCAGUCAGUCCACUCUGUACGCUCCAAGAGAGGUAGCACCAACUCCAGGAACAGUAGCCGUAGAGAUUGGAGUGAGGUGUCAGUGCAGCAGAAGACCAAGAAACAGCUGAUCAUGGAGAAACUCAAAGAACAGAUGAUAAAAGCCAAGACCUUCACUAUCAAGAGGAUCAUGAAGGUGUACCUGCCCAUCCGUCAGUUCUUCUACAACCUGGUCCAUCCAGAGUACAGCGCUUUGACAGACGUCUAUGUCCUCAUGUUCCUGGCCGACACCGUCGACUUCAUCAUCAUCGUCUUCGGUUUUUCUGCUUUUGGGAAACACUCAACGGGAGCCGACUUCACGUCGUCUCUGUCGGAGGACCAGGUUCCCGGAGCCUUCCUGGUGAUGGUUCUGAUCCAGUUUGGGACCAUGGUGGUGGACCGGGCCCUGUACCUCAAGAAGACAGUGCUGGGGAAGGUCAUCUUCCAGGUGGUCCUGGUGUUCGGGAUUCACUUCUGGAUGUUCUUCAUCCUCCCCGGACUCUCUGAUAGGCGUUUCAAUGAGAACACAGUAGCCAAGCUGUGGUACUUUAUCAAGUGUAUCUACUUUGGGCUGUCAGCCUAUCAGAUCCGCUGUGGCUACCCCACCAGGGUCCUGGGUAACUGCCUCACCAAGAGCUACAACUACACCAACCUCUUCCUGUUUCAAGGGUUCCGUCUGAUCCCGUUCCUGUCUGAGUUGCGUGCGGUGAUGGACUGGGUCUGGACCGACACCUCUCUGUCUUUAUCCUCUUGGAUCUGUAUGGAAGACAUCUACGCUCACAUCUUCGUCCUCAAGUGCUGGAGGGAGUCAGAGAGGAGAUACCCCCAGCCGCGGGGCCAAGCGAAGAAGCCGGUGGUGAAGUAUGGGAUGGGAGGGAUGAUCGUCAUGCUUCUGAUCUGUAUCAUCUGGUUCCCUCUACUCUUCAUGUCUCUGAUCAAGUCUGUGGUGGGGGUGGUCAACAGACCACUGGACGUCUCCUUCUCCAUCACCCUGGCCGGGUUCCAGCCGAUCUUCACUAUGAGUGCUCAGCAGAACCAGCUCAGAGAAGUCUCCAAACAUGACAUCCAUGGCACCUUCAUGAGGUCAUACCAGUCCUAUCCUGAAGCGAUGCAGUGGCUGGAGUACUACAUGCCAGAGGACCUGACCAUAGCUGAGUUGGAGGGCAGCUCUAACAGUCUGUGGACCAUCAGUCCUCCCAGUAGAACUAACAUCAUGGAGAUGCUCAGCUCCAAGGAACAGUUCCCCAUCACAGUAGCUUGGUCUAUCCAACGGAACCUGACUCUGGGAGCGAAGGCUGAGUUUGCGACUGGGAAGAAAGUGACGUUCCUGGAUGAUGCAACCAAACUGGAGCUGAGCCUACUGCUCAACGGGACCAGACGAGACAGAGUGUGAGUGGUGAUAAAACAUAUCUUCCCGCGGUACCUCCGAGCCCCUAGUGACUCCGAGGCCAAGCCCAUAGAACAACUGUAUAAAGAGAAGGUGUACAUGAGCAUCACUUUGGCGUUGGAGCGUUCCCAUAACGACUCGGCGGAAGUCCAGGAGUGGUGGAUCGUGAACCAGACUAGUCCGGGACAGAUCAACGUUCGUAGGCCCAAGCACCUGUACGACGCUGGGCUGGAGCUCUAUGUCUUCAGCGACCAGGUCAGCCCUCCUAGUCUGGGCUUCCUGGCUGGAUACGGGAUCAUGGGUCUUUAUGCCUCCGUGGUGCUCGUCAUCGGUAAGUUUGUCCGUGAGUUCUUCAGCGGUGUCUCCCACACCAUCAUGUUCGAGGAGCUGCCCAACGUGGAUCGCAUCCUGAAGCUGUGCACCGACAUCUUCCUGGUCCGAGAGACGGGAGAGCUGGACCUGGAGGAAGACAUGUACGCUAAACUCAUCUUCCUCUAUCGCUCGCCUGAGACUAUUAUCAAAUGGACCAGGGAAAAGACUCAGUGAGCCUGAGACUAUUAUCAAAUGGACCAGGGAAAAGACUCAGUGAGCCUGAGACUAUGAUCAAAAUGGACCAGGGAAAAGACUCAGUGAGCCUGAGACUAUUAUCAAAUGGACCAGGGAAAAGACUCAGUGAGCCUGAGACUAUGAUCAAAAUGGACCAGGGAAAAGACUCAGUGAGCCUGAGACUAUGAUCAAAAUGGACCAGGGAAAAGACUCAGUGAGCCUGAGACUAUUAUCAAAUGGACCAGGGAAAAGACUCAGUGAGCCUGAGACUAUGAUCAAAUGGACCAGGGAAAAGACUCAGUGAGCCUGAGACUAUGAUCAAAAUGGACCAGGGAAAAGACUCAGUGAGCCUGAGACUAUGAUCAAAUGGACCAGGGAAAAGACUCAGUGAGCCUGAGACUAUGAUCAAAAUGGACCAGGGAAAAGACUCAGUGAGCCUGAGACUAUGAUCAGAUGGACCAGGGAAAAGACUCAGUGAGCCUGAGACUAUUAUCAAAUGGACCAGGGAAAAGACUCAGUGAGCCUGAGACUAUGAUCAAAUGGACCAGGGAAAAGACUCAGUGAGCCUGAGACUAUGAUCAAAAUGGACCAGGGAAAAGACUCAGUGAGCCUGAGACUAUUAUCAAAUGGACCAGGGAAAAGACUCAGUGAGCCUGAGACUAUGAUCAAAAUGGACCAGGGAAAAGACUCAGUGAGCCUGAGACUAUGAUCAAAUGGACCAGGGAAAGACUCAGUGAGCCUGAGACUAUGAUCAAAAUGGACCAGGGAAAAGACUCAGUGAGCCUGAGACUAUGAUCAAAUGGACCAGGGAAAAGACUCAGUGAGCCUGAGACUAUGAUCAAAAUGGACCAGGGAAAAGACUCAGUGAGCCUGAGACUAUGAUCAGAUGGACCAGGGAAAAGACUCAGUGAGCCUGAGACUAUUAUCAAAUGGACCAGGGAAAAGACUCAGUGAGCCUGAGACUAUGAUCAAAUGGACCAGGGAAAAGACUGUGAGCCUGAGACUAUGAUCAAAAUGGACCAGGGAAAAGACUCAGUGAGCCUGAGACUAUGAUCAAAUGGACCAGGGAAAAGACUCAGUGAGCCUGAGACUAUUAUCAGAUGGACCAGGGAAAAGACUCAGUGAGCUUGGCUGUAAAAGGGUAGUUAUCCACUUUAACAGUGUUUCUCAACCUCUGACUAGUCGGUGAAUACUUGGACCAGUCUCUGGGACGUUGAUGUUACCGACUGACUUGAGAACUCUUCUUAAGUGUCAUUGAUUUUUUUAUGUAAGGAAGGAAGGAAGGACCAAAGCUUGCCGGUUCCUGUUGAGAAACACCGACCUUAGAACACAAUUGCUUAAAUAACGUGACCGAGGCGUCAGGAAACAAUGAAAGUUGGGACAAAGAACGGGGUCUUCACUGAGAGGAGAUGUGGUAUGCGAUUCAAGUACUGGCGUGACUAUUCUACUUUAGACCAAUGAUGUGUCAAAUACUACAAGUAUCGUUCCUCGUUGUCUUUUCUUGACAGCAGUGUGGAUUAAAAAGGGCUUCCCACCAAUGGAUGAUGACCAUGACGAGGAACUUACACAGGAUUGGUCUGUUUAGAUUGCCAACCUUUUCCUGAUUGGAGCUCCUGGUUCAUGGGAUUGUGCAAUAUUAUAGAGCUCUUCUUCAUGUCCUCCGAGACGACCAUUUUGAAGGAUGUUGUCAUUGCUACAUACGAGACGACCAUUUUGACUAUGAUCGCAGGCGACUACGCCAUCUUGUUCAUGUCUAAAACAGAGAGCUACUUCUAAAGACGCUAACGACAAUCUAUACUUGCAUUAUUUUUUGUUUGUUUGUAUGAGAAACUAAACUUGUGUUAAUGAUUUCUCAGGAAAAGACAGGAGUUGUUGUUUCACCAAAAAAGGGUUAACUUUUACUCAAUGUAAUGUUUAGAGUAUAGAAACUUUAAUAUGUUGUUUUGGUAGCUAAUAGACGGUUGAAUUGAUUUACCUACUUAAAGGUCAUAAAAAGAUGAGAAGAUAUAAAAACAAAAACUGUGAUAGAAUCAAGAUUGAUGUUGGUCUAUUUCCUGUUGGUCUAUUUCCUGUUGGUCUAUUUCCUGUUGGUCUAUUUCCUGUUGGUCUAUUUCCUAGUUGGUCUAUUUCCUGUUGGUCUAUUUCCUAGUUGGUCUAUUUCCUGUUGGUCUAUUUCCUGUUGGUCUAUUUCCUAGUUGGUCUAUUUCCUGUUGGUCUAUUUCCUAGUUGGUCUAUUUCCUGUUGGUCUAUUUCCUAGUUGGUCUAUUUCCUGUUGGUCUAUUUCCUGUUGGUUUAUUUCCUAGUUGGUCUAUUUCCUGUUGGUUUAUUUCCUGUUGGUCUAUUUCCUGUUGGUUUAUUUCCUAGUUGGUCUAUUUCCUGUUGGUUUAUUUCCUGUUGGUCUAUUUCCUAGUUGGUCUAUUUCCUAGUUGGUCUAUUUCCUGUUGGUUUAUUUCCUGUUGGUCUUUUUCCUGUUGGUCUAUUUCCUAGUUGGUCUAUUUCCUGUUGGUCUAUUUCCUAGUUGGACUAUUUCCUGUUGGUUUAUUUCCUGUUGGUCUAUUUCCUAGUUGGUCUAUUUCCUGUUGGUCUAUUUCCUAGUUGGACUAUUUCCUGUUUGUCUAUUUCCUAGUUGGUCUAUUUCCUGUUGGUCUAUUUCCUAGUUGGUCUAUUUCCUAGUUGGUCUAUUUCCUGUUGGUCUAUUUCCUAGUUGGUCUAUUUCCUGUUGGUCUAUUUCCUGUUGGUCUAUUUCCUGUUGGUCUAUUUCCUAGUUGGUCUAUUUCCUGUUGGUCUAUUUCCUGCAUAUUAGCCAAGGGGGGAACCACUCCAGACGGUCUGUAAAUAAUUGAGAAGAAGAACCUGUCUUUAUCCAAAUUGGAACCCGAUUCCAGUAUGUUUUUAUCAAGGCCCAUAUAAGGAUCUGGUCAAAAGUAGUUCAUUACAUAUUAACGCAUCUUUUGACCAAUGGGUACAAUAAUAUGUUAAUUGUGUAGAUGCUCCUCUAAGAAAACCAAUGGUCCAAACCUCAUGGUAUUUUUACCCUUGUAGGAUGGCCAGAAUUAGGGUGACUAAAUCAAUGGAGGCCAGAGAGAAAAAGUGGUCAAAAAUCAGGAAAAUUACACUGCAUGGUGUCAGCGAGGCUAGAUUCUGUGAAAGGAUGAAGUUUAACUGACAGGCUCACUGUUGAACUCCUCAUCUUUCUUCUAGACUCCACCGGACAUAAAACAACAUAAAAGUAAGAAAGAUAUCGAUUUUGACAUGUACUAUUUUCAUAUUUUAGCAUAUGCUUUUCAUAUUAAUGCGAACUUCCUGUGAAAGGUCAACAGAGUACAGAGCGUACCGCUCAUGUCAUGGUCAUUUAGCUUUUUUUUUUUGCGUCCCGCGGAAACAACUUUGAAGUCGACCAUCACAACAUUGUAAAAUCCCCCAAAGUUGCUGCGCGAAAGCUGCACCACUGUCAACAGAGCUUGUUGCUUAUUAUCGGAUGUAUUAUAGGUUGCAAAAUCCAACUUGUUGGAUUUACUGUUAAUGAAAUGUUAGAGAAAGAACUCCACUGAACGAUUCUUUGUAAAAAUGUACUUCAUAACAUAAGGAAGUGAAAUUUCAUACCCCAAAGCGCGUUUUCACCCACUCAGGGCAGAGUUGCUGCAAUUGGGCCGGGACGAAGCCCUCAGAUCUUCUCCUAAUUGAGUCCUGGCACCUCUUAUAGAAAAUUGUCUUCAAAGUAUUGCAGAGUACCGGCACCUAUAUAUAUAAAGAGUUACCGGCACCUAAAAAUGAGUACUGACAUGUAUUGCAAUCCAUUUCAAGCGCUGAAUACAGGCUCUGUUCAGGAUACAGCUGCUAUUAGAUCAUGUUAUUAUACUGUUCUCUCUGGCUCCAAGGACACAUUUAGAGAGGAGAUGGGCUUCUCCUCAGACACACAGUUUAUCUGCUACAGUUUGACCCAAGCCCAGGGCAGUGGGGUGUAUUUUGAAUCAAGAGUAUAUACCGUAUCAUGAAGCUACUCGAUUGUCUGGAGCGUUCUCAUGGACACUGUUGCUGGACUCAUCCAUUGUUCAACUUCGUCCACCGAUUUGUAGAACUCUGACCUCGUGUACAGAAUGACUUCCGUAUGACUUCAAUAGGAAGUAUUACUUGAGUUUCAUCAACAUUCUUUGGCCUUUCUAGGGAGUUUUUCCUAGCCACCGUGCUUCUACACCUGCAUUGCUUGCUGUUUGGGGUUUUAGGCUGGGUUUCUGUACAGCACUUCGAGAUAUUAGCUGAUGUACGAAGGGCUAUAUAAAAUAAACUUGAUUGAUUGAUUGAUUCUAAGAUAAGAAAUGGAGAAAAUAGCCAUUCAUACGAAACACAAACACGCAUUGGUUUUGUUUGGACCUUUGGUUUUCCGAGCUAUGCAUCAGAGGACAUUGUAGCAUGAAAGAAAACGUCCAGUAUUGUCAUGAGUAAUU